CUCUGCCCAGAGGUGCGUGUUUGGUCCGCGGACAGUGAGACAGUGUCGGACCCCGGUGAGGAGAGGAGCUGUCAGAGAAGCAGGUGGAGUCUCCAUCCAUCUACCGACCCCCCCCCACCCCUCUGCAGGACACACGUUCACGUCGAGGACACCAUGAUCCCACAGGUCUGACCAUGACGUCUGUGUGGAAGCGGCUGCAGCGGGUCGGGAAGAAGGCGUCCAAGUUCCAGUUCGCCGCGUCCUUCCAGGAGCUGAUGAUAGAAUGCACUAAUAAAUGGCAACCAGACAAACUGAGAGUGGUGUGGAUCAGGAGGAGUCGACGUCACAGCACAAAGCUCCACAGUUGGCAGCCAGGGAUUCAGAACCCCUACAGAGGCCUGGUGAUUUGGCAGGUUCCAGAGAGUUUAGACGUCUCUGUCACACUCUUCAAGGAACCCACUGCUGAGGAGUUUGAAGACAAAGAUUGGACUUUUGUCAUUGAAAAUGAGACAAAAGGCCGCAGGAAGGUGCUGGCAUCAGUUGAUGUCAAUAUGAAGAAGUAUGCCAGUGCCACUUCGGCCCAGUAUGAUAUAACACUGAAGCUCAAACCAAUGUCUGUCAAAGUGGUGGAAGCCACGCUGAAACUCAACCUGUCCUGUGUCUUUCUCAAAGAGGGGAAGGCCACGGACGAGGACAUGCAGAGUUUGGCCAGUCUAAUGAGUAUGAAACAGAGCGACAUUGGCAACCUGGAUGACUUUGUUGACAGCGAUGACGAGGCGGGAGAGGAGCGAAGGGGCAGCUUUGGAACUGGACAUGCUGCUCAUGUUUCUGCUUCUGCUCUUUCUACUGCAAGAAUACAUGACCUGGCUUGGAGGCCUGCAAUUCAAUCAGGCCCCACAGUGAUGGAUUGCAAAACGUCUUCUGGCAUUUCCUCCACCACCUCGGCCCCAUUCCAUCCUCCUCUGCCUGAACCCCCACACCCCUCUGUUCCAUCCUCUUUAUUGCAAACCCACACACGACCACCAAGCACUAACCAGCAGGCUCGGCCCUCCCCCUAUGCCUACUCAUUACCGGCCUUUACACGUGCUCACCCUCCUGCACUUCCGAAAAUCUUCCAGCCCGGUGCCGGAUCAGGUAUCUCUCCUCGUAGGCCCCAUAGCUUCCAUAGUGACUCCUGUCCAGCUGAGGGCUCGGAGGCCCCGUUCUUUUCUACCUGCACUUCUCCUGAAGCCCUUUCCACCUCUUCUGUCUCUGCUACACCCUCUGAUCAAUCUCUUCAUCCCCCUUUUUUCUCUGGUGCUUCACAAACAGCAUGUCCUACUAUCUGGAGAGCGCAGAGCGUUCCUUCUGUUUCUUCUGUCUCCUCCUCCUCAUCAGCUCCUCCCACCUCCUUCCCUAUUUUACUUCCACCACCUCCUGUUCCACACCCCAAAUCUCUUCCCACCUCUGCGGGGGGGCUAGGCUCAGCCCUCACCAGACCCACCAGUCUACCAUCUGCCCCCGAGACAGCUCCCUGGCAGAGUGAAUGGAGGCCUCCUAAAUGUCAGGCCCCUCUAGCACAGAAAGACCUCUCUCCAAAGUUUCUUCACCUCUCUGCUAAUGAUCCCAGAGAGCCUGCAGUGCUGCCGAAAAAGCAGAGAAUAGAGAUGCCAUCUUCAUCCUCUCUGCCCAUUGAUCAGUCUUUGGAGAAAAAACCACAAGGAGGGUAUGGAUUUGUUCCUUCCUCGAGACCGCAGGCCACCCCUGUUGUAGAGCCCUCACUUCCUCCUCUAAGGCCUUCCUCUGCUCUAAUUCUCUCUGGGCCUCCUCCUCCUCCUCCUCCCCACACAUCCCAAACUGUCAUAGUCUCCCCCAGUGACCAAGAUACAGAGUUCAAAAGACAGUUGAGCACACUGAGUGAAGAGGAUAAGCAGUGCACAACGCCGACAACGCCUGAUCCAAGGGCCCCGACCAGCCGGAUGACUGAGACGUCCAGGGCUUCAGAUCGGAAAAGAGAUCUGCAUUCUGGAGUUGAGGUUCUUAAGACAACACCAGGACCUAAGAGCACUGCUUCACUUCUGACCAUUAGCCCCAGAUCACCCAUUGCCCCAGGGCUAAAAUAUUUUGAGAUGCCAAAAACACAGACGGAUGAGACAGAAUCAAGGGGGACAAGGAUAUACCCCAACAUCCAGGAAACGCUUCCUCCCCACUUGUCUGGAACUAAGCAAAACCCUGAUUUUCAUGAUCCAACAUCCACUUCAAUCAAGGAGCUUCUGGUUACAUCAAGGUCUCAGAUGUCCAUUCAGUUAGGGAGUCCAAUAGCUCAACCUGAGUCUGUUCAGCAUAUACCCCAUUCUCCUACUAAUCCCGAAUCAUAUUCCAAAUCACUUCAGAGACUUUUGUUGCACUUGCCCGAAACUGCUACAACUUCUGACACAAAACCAAUAUUAAGGAUAGGAGUGACCAACAAAAAAGAACCUAUAACUAAGGAUUUGGGAAAUGAGAGCAUGGAUGCCUCAGUGCCAUCUUGUCUCAGAGGCACCAGUUCUACUUUUUCUUCAAUGGAGGUGAACAAAAUUCAAGAAACUCGGACUGGAGAACAGUCCAUUACAACAAACUCACUGUGGGAGGAGCCACAAAGAGGCCCUCUAAAAAACAGCCCUAUUGUUUCAGUACCUGCUGUAGAGGAGAAAAUCACAUGCAUCACAGCCUCCUUGGACCAAGUCACUUCAAGAUUGGACUCUCAUGUUGGGUAUCUCUCGGGACAGCAGACCACAACAAAGGAUUUAUCAAAUCAAACGGAAGAAUCGGUGGCAUUGCCUCCAACUAGUAACUUUGCUGUCUGUAGUUUGGAUUCAGAUUACUGUAUGGAGGAAGGGAGAACUGAAAAUGUGGCUCAGUCGAUAAAUAAGAGGCUAUUGUGUGAAAGAGAUUGUAGAGUUAAACAAGAGCUUGUGUUACCAAGCUCUACAGUCAGUAUAGAGGAACAAUGUGUGAACAUUUCCAAGGUGGAACCUGGUCUAUUGGGUACUAGAGGGAGUUCUGUUUCUCAUUUACCAUCAAAUAUACUGUCUGAAGCUCAGAUUGAAGGAACUGUGAGAAUGCCAAGUAUGAUUCAUUUACUAUCGAGUUGCUCACAAUAUUCCAAGAUUCCUGGUAUGCCAUCUUUACAUCAGUCACAAGUUGUAGCUUGGCCAGAGGAGAACAGUUUACUUUUUCAGACGUUACCCAGCAAGACAUUGCCAGUGCUCCUGUUAAUAGAUUAUUUUAAUUCCAUUUAUUCAGGUAGUGCAGGAAUUGCAAAAAUGGUGGACCUAACACCAUCAUGCUCAAAGUCUGCAAGUAUUCCUGGAUUCCCAUCUGCUGUGAAACGGGAACCUAAUAUGACUCAGCUUUUACCUACAUGUCCCAAAGUUUGCAGUGUUCCAGGUUUAGCUUCUGUUGGACCAGUGCUUGGAUAUGAUAAGAAUGUUUGGGACGGAUGUUCUCUAUGGACAAAAAAGUUGCAGAUAAAAGAAGCAUUUGUUUCAAAUCUGUCCUGUGUCCAGGAACAAGAUAUCAGUGAUACUAAUAUGAUUAAAGUCAUGGUGGCCAUGUUGCCUACAUGUCCUAGAAAGGCCAGUGUCCCAGGCUUUCCGUCUGAAUUGCAGAAGGCUUCCAACAGUCGAAGUAUGGCCAGUUCUCUCCCAACAUGCCCCAAACAGACAAUGAUUGCGGGUAUGCCAUUUAGACAAAGACUUAUGACAUUUAAAGACAGUUGGCAUAUUUUGAGCGAAUUAAUAUUAGAUAGACCAUUGAGAUGCCAUCAUGUUAUGCUUGAGGAAAAGUCACAGCAGGAUAAAGAACACAUAAAACAUAUGGUUAAUAUGUUACCAUCUUGUCCCUGUAAGGAAACCAUUCCUGGAUUUCCCUCUGUGCCACAGAAAAAAGAACCCAGUGUACCUUGUGUACCAACAAGGCAAGAUCCUAGCAUGGUUGAUAUUUUUCCAACUUGCCCAAGAAAAACCAGAGUCCCUGGUUUUCCCUCUAGGGAGCCAGUUAGUACUCAAGAUGAAGGUUUGGUUAUAACCGGGCAUAUUGUGAUGGCAAAACCAUUUUGUAAAUGUGAAGUCCUGAUUCAUGAUAUUUCCCCAAGUGCUGCUCAAGAUCUAGACAAAGGAGACUUUUUCAGUUCAGUGGCAUUGUUGCCAUCAUGUCCGGCGAUAUCGUGCUAUGCAGGUAUGCCCACAGCACCCCAUAAGCUGUCAAGAAAUAUUGUCAGUCUUGUAUCUAUAUGCCCUAAACAGACCCAAACUCCUGGUAUACCAUCUCAAGUCCAGAACGAUUCAGAUAACAAAGACUGGCAUGCCUUGAGGAUAUUAAUUAACAAGAGACCAAAGAAGAAUGUACAUGCUUACAUUGUUCAGUGGAUACAGAAAGACACUGACACCUUUAAAUAUGGUAGAAUGGUUGAUAUGUUAAUGAGUUGCCCCACAAAUGCCAAAGUUUUUGGCUUACCCUCUGCUCCAUGGCAAGAUCCUAGCAUGGUUGAUAUUUUUCCAACUUGCCCAAGAAAAACCAGAGUCCCUGGUUUUCCCUCUAGGGAGCCAGUUAGUACUCAAGAUGAAGGUUUGGUUAUAACCGGGCAUAUUGUGAUGGCAAAACCAUUUUGUAAACGUGAAGUCCUGAUUCAUGAUAUUUCCCCAAGUGCUGCUCAAGAUCUAGACAAAGGAGACUUUUUCAGUUCAGUGGCAUUGUUGCCAUCAUGUCCGGCGAUAUCGUGCUAUGCAGGUAUGCCCACAGCACCCCAUAAGCUGUCAAGAAAUAUUGUCAGUCUUGUAUCUAUAUGCCCUAAACAGACCCAAACUCCUGGUAUACCAUCUCAAGUCCAGAACGAUUCAGAUAACAAAGACUGGCAUGCCUUGAGGAUAUUAAUUAACAAGAGACCAAAGAAGAAUAUACAUGCUUACAUUGUUCAGUGGAUACAGAAAGACACUGACACCUUUAAAUAUGGUAGAAUGGUUGAUAUGUUAAUGAGUUGCCCCACAAAUGCCAAAGUUUUUGGCUUACCCUCUGCUCCACGGCAAGAACCUAGUAUGGUUAAUGUAAUGCCCUCAUGUCCCAGAUAUAGUGCAAUCCCUGGUUUGCCUUCAAAGACUGGACAAAAACUUUGUUCCUCUACCUGCAAGGAAUGGUUUGCUUAUAAAAGUCUGCAAUGGAAUAGUCCAUUUGUCCAAAGGGAAGAGCAGAUUCUAAAUGCAGCUUCAUGUUUUGAUAAGAGCACUGUAAAAAGAAUGAGUGCAUUAUUACCCUCUUGCCCUCCGAUUGCUACUGUACCUGGGUUUCCCUCUGCUCUAACACUGACAUUAGCUGAUGGCCCAAUUAUGGUAAAAUUGUUGCCUACUUGUACAAAGGAAUCCAGAGUUCCUGGAAUGCCAUCCUUAAAGCAAUCACAAGUUACAGCUUGGCCAGAUGAUAGGAGGUUAGACCUUAGAAUUAGGUGGCCAAUGACAACAAAGUGGCUGCUACAAACGAGGAGGAAGUCUGCACUGUUACAUUCAAAUGAUCUCAAUGUGUUCCAUCAUGAUGGUGACUGUGACAUAUCUAUGGUAUCCAUACUGCCCUCCUGUCCACAGACAGCCUGUUUACCAGGCUUUCCAUCACUACAAUGUCAGACUUUGGCUUAUAUGCCAAGUAUAAUCAAUCUGCUGCCUACUUGUCCAAGACAUACCAGAGUUUGUGGAAUACCAUCUAGAUUUUACAAUGAGUCUGAUGAAGUAGAAUGGAGUGUUGACAAAAUGCCAGUGUGGAAAAACCCAUUAACAAACCCCAGAAGGAUGACAGUAAUACAUGACCAAAAGAUGUAUUUCAGAGAGAUGGGGGUGGUUAGAAUAAUGGUAUCCAUGUUACCAUCUUGUCCCAAACACUCUAAUAUUCAUGGUAUUCCCUCUAAGUUAGGAGAGAGACCAGUGGAACCUUUAAUAAAAGAGGCUCCCAGCAUGUUCAAAUCAUUUGCCACUUUACCCAAACACAGUCAAAUUCCAGGUCAGCCUUCAAAGUAUGGUACAAAUGAAUUUGAUUGCUGGUUCGAGGACAGGGAUGCAAUUUGGGAAAACCCAUUUAAUAGAGGGCAUAAGUUUGUUAACCAAGAUCUUACAGUUAGGGAAAUUCCACACUGGGACAAAGCAAUAAUGCUGAGUAUGCUUCCAUCAUGUCCACGACAAGCCCUGAAUCCUGGAUUUCCAUCUGCUCCUCAACCCCAAGCUGUUGAUGCCAUUGUACAAAGAAAUCUCAACUCUGUAGAAUUGACAUCAUGUUGCCCGACACAGUCAAGUAUCAUUGGCUUUGCUUCAAGAGCAUCAGUUAUUUCAGAUUCUAAAGUGGGCUGGCCAGUGGUGACGGUAAAGACACAAGGCUGCUUUCAAUAUCACCAAAAGCAUUACAGUCUUCACAAACAUAGAAUACAGGCAGUUCUUUCUCCUGAACCUUCUUGUCCACUGUCUGACAUAGACCAGCUUCCCAAUAUGGUGAAUAUUGUGCCCUCUUGCCCAAAGAAAGCUUCUGUUCUCGGUGCACCAUCAACACAUGUGCACCAGUCAGGACAAGGGUGGCUAGUUCAAAAAUCCAUAUUGAUGAGUAAUCAGUUGCCAUUGGAAGAACAAUCCCUUAGUAGGUUUAAUGUCAGAGAGAGAUCAAUGCAGUUUAUAUUCCCCAUCCAAGAUGAACAAGAGGAUGUGCAACAAAGGACAGUUGAGUCAUCAACCUGUCCCAUUGAGGCCAUUGUCAGAGAGUUACCAUCAUCAAGUUUUGAAAUUCAAGUGGAUCAGCCCUCCUCAAGAUUUGAUGGGAUUGUGAUGUUAGAUGGUGAGGCAAUUCCAGCCAGAUUAGAUCUUGACGCAAAGAAAACCAGAUUGGAUGUGUGCUCACCUUUAGAGAUGGAUAAAGAUGAACAGGGCUUUUGGACAGAAGCCAAAGGAGUAGCUGUACUAGAAAAAGGAAACUUGCAUUGCAGAAUGUGGCACUCCAUUCCUGACACGCCACUAUUCUUGAGUGUUAAAAAGAGACCUCCAAAUAUGGUUUCACUACAGCCAUCAUGCCCAGUUGUUGCUGGUGCAGCAGAACCCCAAUCCCAGACCCCAAUAAUUAAUGCUGAGCAGAUGUUAGAAAAACAUCCUACAAACAGGACCAUAUUGUGGGAAGAGCUGCCAGAGGUGUUCCCAAUGUUCCCUGGUGCUGCCAUGAUGUUAAACACUGAGGAUGAACUGAAGACAAAGACAGAAACUGGGAUGACAGAUCUGUUACCAAUAUGCCCAGCAGUUAGUGGCAUAUUUGAAUUUUCUGCUACUGCUGAAAAAAUGAAUGAAUGCCCACUGGACAGCCAGUCUACAAGGAAUAAGCCACCAAAGAAUAAGGGAAUUCUAACCAGUGACUGUGCUCAUUUAAAAGAAGAGGCAGGUUUUGUUAAACAAACGGUGGAUAAAACUUCCUCCCAUCCUAGUGCACAGUGUAUGCCAUAUUAUGUUAAGACUGAAAUUGAGAACAAACUGUCCUCUUUCAUGCUAACAUGUCCCAGUAGGACAAACAUUGUUGGCAUGCCAUCUAAAUUGCCUGUUAAAGAAAAACAUUCACUUAUCGAACAUAAGCCAAUCUGGGAGAAACAAUCAAAAGUAAAGGGAAUAUUUCCAGGAUGUGCAUUUCUUGAGGAUGGAAUGAACAAGAAAGAAAUGGUGUUACUGGUACCGUCUUGUCCCAGAGAGGCCAGAACUCUAGGUUUCCCAUCUUUAUCACACUACAGUUUUCUUUUCCGUGGACAAAGUAUGGUGGAUAUGCAUCCCUGUUGUCCACAUGUAUCAAGUAUACCUGGCGUACUAUCUAUCAGUGGAGCUAAUAACAGAUCAUGGAUAUCUCAACAGAAACCACUUAUAGAUAGGAAAAUUAAAACUGGGCUUGUUGUCAUGGCAGUUUCUACUAAAGUAAAUCAUGAAUCAGAUAUGAUGAGCCUUUUAAGUUCUUGUCCAAAAACUUCUUGUGUUGAAGGCUUUCCAUCAUUAAUGAAGUAUCAGUUGAACAAAAGCUGGGCUCCAGAUUACCAACCAGUAGGGGAAACGCUGCCAAAAAUCAACAUAGCUACAAUUGAAGAUAGACCUCACAAUGAAGAAAUGAAGGCCAUGUCAGUAGGCCAAACGUCUACAAAAGAGACUCAAGUGCAUGGAUUUCCAUCUGAUCUGCCACCUACAGUAAUCUGUAAAGGGUCUAGUAGCAUCAAUCUCCUUCAAUCUUGCCCAGCUAUCUCCUUUAUAGCUGGUUUUCCAUCAAUACAGAAAGCUGACAGCAAAGAUUGGAACAUUAUUCAUCAUCCAUUAUGGGAGAAGCCAUUUAAAAAGGAAUCUGUAUUAAUACUAAAGAACAAUGGAAUACACAAAGACAUGACAGGAAUUGUUCCUCUUGCACAAAGUUGCCCAAGUAAAUCCAGCAUUUUUGGAUUUCCCUCUGUACCAAAACCAAGAAUGAGUUAUGGUAUUGACAUGACAAAUAUGAUCAGUCUUUCAUGCUCUAUGUCAAAAGAGUCGCAAAUACUAGGAUUUCCAUCAUCUCAUAAUUCAAAAGAAUGGAAAAUCAGCAAGGAGCCACUGUUUGAACCAAGAAUGAAAGUAAAGCAGGUGUCACUGACUGACAUAUAUGAAAGAGAUGAGAGAGCAAUCAAAACUAUGAUUUCCCUUGUACCCUCCUGUCCAAAAGCAGCGCGGAUGCCAGGAUUCCCCUCUAAUCCAAAUCCCCUAAGUGUGUAUUGCGCAACAGAUAUCAUCAGCCUUUCUAAGCUGUGCCCCCAAGUUUCCAGAAUACCUGGAAUCCCAUCAGUUGUUGGGAAUAUGAGUUUAACAUGGGUAACAGAAAAGGGAUCACUGUUAAAGAGAUUACCAACGAAGGGGGUCAUAUUUGACACAUCAAACGACAACAAAAAGAUAAUGAAGAAUAUGAUUUCCCUUGUACCAUCCUGUCCAAAAGCAGCGCGGAUGCCAGGAUUCCCCUCUCAUCCAAAUCCCCUAAAUGUAUAUUGCGUACCAGAUAUCAUCAGCCUCUCUACGCUGUGCCCCCAAGUUUCCAGAAUACCUGGAAUCCCAUCAGUUGUUGGGAAUAUGAGUUUAACAUGGGUAACAGAAAAGGGAUCACUGUUAAAGAGAUUACCAACGAAGGGGGUCAUAUUUGACACAUCAAACUACAACGAAAAGGAAAUGAAGAAUAUGAUUUCCCUUGUACCAUCCUGUCCAAAAGCAGCGCGGAUACCAGGAUUCCCCUCUCAUCCAAAUCCCCUAAAUGUAUAUUGCGUACCAGAUAUCAUCAGCCUCUCUACGCUGUGCCCCCAAGUUUCCAGAAUACCUGGAAUCCCAUCAGUUGUUGGGAAUAUGAGUUUAACAUGGGUAACAGAAAAGGGAUCACUGUUAAAGAGAUUACCAACGAAGGGGGUCAUAUUUGACACAUCAAACGACAACAAAAAGAUAAUGAAGAAUAUGGUUUCCCUUGUACCAUCCUGUCCAAAAGCAGCGCGGAUGCCAGGAUUCCCCUCUCAUCCAAAUCCCCCAAGUGUGUAUUGCGUACCAGAUAUCAUCAGCCUCUCUACGCUGUGCCCCCAAGUUUCCAGAAUACCUGGAAUCCCAUCAGUUGUUGGGAAUAUGAGUUUAACAUGGGUAACAGAAAAGGGAUCACUGUUAAAGAGAUUACCAACAAAGGGGGUCAUAUUUGACACAUCAAACGACAACAAAAAGAUAAUGAAGAAUAUGGUUUCCCUUGUACCAUCCUGUCCAAAAGCAGCGCGGAUGCUAGGAUUCCCCUCUCAUCCAAAUCCCCAAGUGUGUAUUGCGUACUAGAUAUCAUCAGCCUCUCUACGCUGUGCCCCCAAGUUUCCAGAAUACCUGGAAUCCCAUCAGUUGUUGGGAGUAUGAGUUUAACAUGGGUAACAGAAAAGGGAUCACUGUUAAAGAGAUUACCAACAAAGGGGGUCAUAUUUGACACAUCAAACGACAACAAAAAGAUAAUGAAGAAUAUGGUUUCCCUUGUACCAUCCUGUCCAAAAGCAGCGCGGAUGCCAG